CUCACGACUCCAUAACCAGGUCUCUCUAGAACGCCACGUUCAAGACUAAAUCUUACUACUUUGUUCCAGACACAGUCGGUCAAUCACAGACAAACACACACCCACUGCGACACAGAGCCACGUAUCCCAAUCCCACCUAUAUAUAUUCCAACUACGUUGUCUUUUCCCUUUUAUAUAUUCUCUGCCCGAUCUUUUUGUCUCUCUGGUGUGGUCUUUCUCAGGUGAGUUUGGGAGCUUCACGAAACUUUGAAGAUGGGGGAAGAAGGGGGUUCUGUACGCGUGUCAGACAGUAACGUUGUUGAUCAUACUCACAACGAUGAUCUGAGCCGUCAACUGGACAUAUACCCUCUCAGUUGCUACUACUUUGGAUCCAAGGAAGCCAUUCCUUUCAAGGAUGAGACUUUAGCUGAUCGUGUUCAGAGAUUGAACUCCAACUAUGCUGCUUAUGGAUUGAGGACUUGUGUAGAAGCAGUUAUUUUGGUCGAGUUAUUCAAACAUCCUCAUAUACUACUCUUGCAAGUAAGAAAUUGCAUCUUUAAGCUUCCUGGAGGUCGCUUAAGACCUGGUGAAUUAGAGAUUGAUGGCUUGAAAAGAAAACUGUCGAGGAAGCUUUGUGUCAAUGCUGAUGCUGAUGGGAUUGCUUGGGAGGUGGGGGAAUGCCUUGAUGUAUGGUGGAGGCCUGAAUUCGAAACAUUGCCUUGUCGAGACUUGCCGUCUACAGAUAAAAACCCAAAGGAGUGCACGAAACUCUUUCUUGUAAAGUUGCCAGAAAGUCGCAAGUUCAUUGUACCCAAAAACCUAAAAUUGCUGGCUAUUCCGUUGUGCCAGAUCAACAAAAAUCGUGAGACGUAUGGACCUAUUAUCUCUGGUGUUCCAGAGCUGCUAUCAGAUUUCACCUUCAACAUUAUAGAAGCUUGAGAUCAUAUCGAUUACUAUUACAGAGUGUGCAGUGUGGUUUGUAGCAAUAACAGGGCAUCUAAUUCUCUGGGAAUUUUGACGUUGGUUUGCAUAAUGUAUAUAUUUUAGGCUUUUUCGUUUACAGAACAGUGAUGUAAACAACAAUGUGACUGUAGUUUUGAAGACAGCAAUAUACAUUAUGCUUCUUCUGUUUGGGGUGAAUUUUCCUGGUC